AGCUCAGGGUUGUCAUACUGAGGCACAAGUGCAUCUGCUAGCUGCUAGGACUUGGCAGAGGGCUUUCUCCUGCAGGGUAGCUCUGACUUCGGGUGAUAAUGUUUGUCAGCUACCUGGUACUAACGUUGCUCUACUCUCAGACAGCAGUGUUAGCAAGACCUGGGGGAGAGAGCAUUGGCUGCGAUGACUAUCUGGGUUCAGACAAGGUGGUUGACAAGUGUGGAAUAUGUGGAGGGGACAAUACUGCUUGCAAAGUUGUGUCUGGAGUUUUCAAACACACACUAACAAAUCUUGGCUACCACAAGAUAGUGGAAAUUCCUGAAGGAGCUACUAAAAUCAACAUUACAGAGAUGUACAAGAGCAACAACUAUUUGGCCCUGCGAAGUCGAUCAGGACGGUCCAUCAUCAAUGGAAACUGGGCAAUUGAUCGGCCAGGGAGAUACGAAGGCGGGGGGACCAUGUUCACCUAUAAACGCCCCAAUGAGAUCUCCAGCACCGCAGGAGAGUCCUUUUUAGCUGAUGGCCCAACAAAUGAAGUCCUUGAUGUCUAUAUGAUACAUCAGCAGCCUAACCCAGGUAUACAUUAUGAGUAUAUCAUUCCAGGAGACAAUGUCAUUAGUCCUCAGUUGCUUGCUCACAGGAGGCCAGGGGAGCCCUUGAAUGGUCAGUUAGAAAUUCCAGGAGGUACAAAUCAUGAGGAUGAGGAUUUGCAUAGGGAGACAGACACUCUCACUGGACAGUCAACUGGAAGUUUUCCAGUUAUUCAGCCAGGAAGAUUUUCUUCUCAUCAGCCAGAAAACCAGGUGCCUGCUGUGCAGCCACCAAGACAAAACCGAGAACACAACUGGAAACAGAUUGGGAAAACUGAGUGCACCACUACAUGUGGGAAAGGGUCCCAGUACCCCAUUUUCCACUGUGUCAACAGAAUCACUCACGAGGAGGUUCCUGAGGGUUACUGUGACAGCAGCACCAAGCCUAUUCCAGAAGAGGAGGCCUGCAACCUCUUCCCAUGUCCAGCUUUCUGGGAUAUCGGGGAGUGGUCUGAGUGCAGCAAAACCUGUGGCCUUGGUAUGCAGCAUCGGCAAAUCUUGUGUCGGCAAAUGUACGCCAACCGCACGCUGACCGUCCAGCAGUACCGCUGCCAGCACCUGGAGAAGCCGGAGACCACCAGCACCUGCCAGCUGAAGAUCUGCAGCGAGUGGCAGAUUCGGACAGAGUGGACCUCGUGUUCAGUGCCUUGUGGAGUGGGGCAGAGGACUCGAGAUGUGAAAUGUGUCAGCAACCUUGGAGACGUUGUUGAUGAUGAGGAGUGUAACAUGAAGCUACGUCCAAACGAUAUUGAGAACUGUGACAUGGGUCCCUGUGCAAAGAGCUGGUUCCUUACAGAAUGGAGUGACAGGUGCUCGGCAGAGUGCGGGGACGGCGUGCGGACGCGCUCCGUGGUCUGCAUGACCAACCACGUGAGCAGCCUGCCCCUGGAGGGCUGCGGCCACAACCGGCCCGCCGACACCACGGCCUGCAGCAACGGCCCCUGCGCCGGCAGGCUCGAGUGGUUUGCUGGCAGCUGGACUCAG